AUGGAAACCAUUACAGGUUCAGACCGACUAAGGGAUUUUGAGAAUAGAAGAAGCUGUUUCUACAUCGAACAGAUAGUUCUGAUCAACUACCAACAAAGGGAUUUUGAGAACAGGGGAAGCUAUUUCUACAUCGAACAAAUAUCCUCCUCAUCUUCCUCUUCCUCUUCCUCCUCUCCCUCCUCCUCUUUCUCCUCCUCCUCCUCUUUCUCCUCCUACUCCUCCUCCUCCUCCUCCUUCUCCUCCUCCUCCUCCUCUUUCUCCUCCUCCUCCUCCUCUUUCUCCUCCUCCUCCUCUUUCUCCUCCUCCUCCUUCUCCUCCUCCCCCUCCUCCUCUUCCUCCUCCUCCUCCUCCCCUUCCUCCCCCUCCUCCUCCUCCCCCUCCUCUUCCUCCUCCUCCUCCUCCUCCUCUUCCUCCCCCUCCUCCUCCUCUCCCAGCGAAGCGAGGGAAGUGAAAGCGGAGGAGGAAUAUCCUGUCUUCAGGGAUCUUCAGAGCGAAGCGAGGGAGGCGAGGGAAGUGAAAGCGGAGGAGGAAUAUCCUGUCUUCGGGGAUCUUCAGAGCGAGGCGAGGGAGGCGAGGGGAGUGAAAGCGGAGGAAGAGGUUUCUCUCUUCGGGGAUCUUCAGAGCGAGGCGAAGGAGGCGAGGGAAGUGGAGAAGGAAUUUUCUCUCUUCGGGGAUCUUCAGAGCGAGGCGAGGGAGUCGAGGGAGGUGAAAGCGGAGGAGGAGGUUUCUCUCUUCGGGGAUCUUCAGAGCGAGGCGAGGGAAGUGAAAGCGGAGGAGGAAUAUCCUGUCUUUGGGGAUCUUCAGAGUGAGGCGAAGGAGGCGAGGGAAGUGAAAGCGGAGGUGGAAUUUCCUGUCUUCGGGGAUCUCCAGAGCGAGGCGAGGGAGGUGAAAGCGGAGGAGGAGGUUUCUCUCUUCGGGGAUCUUCAGAGCGAGGCGAGGGAGGCGAGGGAAGUGAAAGCGGAGGAGGAAUAUCCUGUCUUCGGGGAUCUUCAGAGCGAGGCGAGGGAGGCGAGGGAAGUGAAAGCGGAGGAAGAGGUUUCUCUCUUCGGGGAUCUUCAGAGCGAGGCGAAGGAGGCGAGGGAAGUGGAGAAGGAAUUUUCUCUCUUCGGGGAUCUUCAGAGCGAGGCGAGGGAAGUGAAAGCGGAGGAGGAAUAUCCUGUCUUCGGGGAUCUUCAGAGCGAGGCGAGGGAGGCGAGGGAAGUGAAAGCGGAGGAAUUUCCUGUCUUCGGGGAUCUCCAGAGCGAGGCGAGGGAGGCGAGGGAGGUGAAAGCGGAGGAGGAGGUUUCUGUCUUCGGGGAUCUUCAGAGCGAGGCGAGGGAGGCGAGGGAAGUGAAAGCGGAGGAGGAAUAUCCUGUCUUCGGGGAUCUUCAGAGAUACCCCGAGGAUACCCCGUCGGGAGCGCCAUUUCCGGCCGAGGGACACGGGCACGGGCGUUCGCUAGACCGGGACACCGAGGCAACGCGUGUCAUUCCCGAAGGUGUCAUAUCCCAGUGUCAUUCCCCACACAUGUCAUGUCAUUCACCAAAUGUGUCAUGUCAUUCCCCAAACCUGUAUGAGUUAUGUUAUGUUGAGUUAUGUUGUGUUAUGAGUUAUGAUAUGAAUUAUGAUUGUUAUGAGUUAUGUUAUGUUGAGUUAUGCUGUGUUAUGAGUUAUGAGUUGGAGUUAUGUUAUGAAUUAUGUUAUGAGUUAUGUUAUGAGGGUCAUCCACAGGGAAACGAGCUAGGUGCCCAUGUAGCCCGAGUUGGCGAUCCUGGAUUAUGCAAAGAACAGGUCCCACGUCAGUCUCAAGGUGUAGCCGUCCUCUAG